AGCAGCGGAGGGCAGUUGAGGGGAAAGGCAAGAGCGCUGAGCAGACUCCAAGGUUACGCAUGAUAAGUCUGAGGAGGACUUAAACAAAGCACAGAGAGGCAGAGAAAGUGAAAGAAGAGGUAGAGUUGGUAACCGUGGUGAAAGAAAGCAAACAGAAGCUAAGUGAGAAAGAAAAAAAACAAACCACAAGCAGGAAAAGGGCAGUUGAAUGAAGUAGAAGAGAAAAGCAGAAGUAACAAGAAAAAGGAGGGAGAGACAGCCGUUAGAAGAAGUCGGGUCCAGGAGAUUAAUUGACGAAGGGAAACAAAACAGGAGAGACCAGGCUCUAAGCAGAGAGGGAAGAAGUGAGAAAGCAGCAGACACUCAUUGACAGAGAGAGGACUGGACUAAACUCCGUGGAUUACUGACAUCAGCAAAACAAAGGAAGAAGAGCGUCAGAAAAGAGGUCACUGUGGUCGAGCAGCAGCAUAGCUUGUCUGAGCCUGUCUACUAUGCGACACACACAGCUGAGAUAGACAGACUCAGUCCUCUCUGUAACAGCACCAUGUUGAUGAAAGAGUACCGCAUAUGUAUGCCACUGACUGUUGAUGAGUACAGGAUUGGCCAGCUGUACAUGAUCAGUAAGCACAGCUGCGAGCAGAGUGGAGGGGGAGAAGGGGUGGAGGUGGUGACGAAUGAGUCAGAUACUCACCCCCAGCACGGCCCCGGACAGCUGACAGAGAAGCGAAUCUACCUCAGCAGUAAGCUACCAUCCUGGGCCAAAACAUUUGUCCCGCGGUUCUUCUAUGUGACAGAAAAGGCCUGGAACUUCUACCCGUACACCAUCACAGAGUACUCAGUAUCAUUCCUCCCCAAGUUCAGCAUCCGCAUUGAGACGAGAUUCGAGAACAACAACGGCGAUAACAGCAAUGUGUUUGGGGACACGCCGACCCCAGCGGAGAAUGUGAGUAUCCUGGAUAUCCUGAGUGACCCCAUUCCUGAAAAGCACUACAAAGAGUCCGAGGAUCUGAGUCUCUGGCAGUCAAGUAAAACUGGCCGAGGGCCUCUGGAGGAAGGCUGGAGAGACAACCACCAGCCCAUUAUGUGCUCCUAUAAGAGGGUGCAGUGCAGCUUCGAGGUGUACGGCUUACAGACCAGGACUGAGGAGUUCAUACACAGAACCAUCCAGGACAUUCUUCUGGUUGGCCACAGGCAAGCAGUAACGUGGAUAGAUGAAUGGCACGGGCUGAGUAUUGAGGAGGUGAGAGAGUACGAGCAAACGAUGCAAGAGAAGACCAACAAUAAAGUAAAAUCCACAGCCUCACCCACAGUACAACAGCGUCCUGUGUUCUCUCGCUCCAUCUCGGUGACGGACGAGCGUUCCCUGAAGAAGAUGGGAGUGACGAAUGCGACCAUGUCUGACCCCACCGCCUCCUCUGUGCCCCACAGUCCCAUUCGCCUCAACUCCACCCCUGAAUGACGCCUUACACACAUUCACUGUACAGCGCAUACACACAGGAACCAAUGUUCCAACGGAUGUCUGUCAAAUAUAAGGCUACAGCUAACAGCUGUUUUAGAAUAGCUUAGCAUAGAGGCAGGGUCCAGUAGGUAACUGCUAGCCUGUCCAAAGAUAACAUAAUCCAUUUACCAGCAAUUCAAAAGAUCAUUUUUAAAAUGUUACAUCUUGUUUGAUUAAUCCGUACAAAAACCAAAGUAUGAAAAUGAAAAUUCAGUUUCAGGGGUUGAUGUAACCGACAAUGUUACAUUACAUUACAUUACAUUACAGUCAUUUAGCAGACGCUUUUAUCCAAAGCGACUUACAAUCAGUAGUAUAUUACAUAUCAUUCACCCAUUCACACACUGAUGACAGGCUACCAUGCAAGGUGCCACCAUCAGACUCUACCUAACAUUCAUGCAACAUCCAGUCCACACCGGGGGGGUAAGCAGUCAAUGUUAUAGAUCUCCUCCCUCCACCUCAGCCAAUGGGUCAGACCAGGUGUAUUGACUGAGAGCAACGAGGCGUUGUAUUGGUUCCUUGAUCACUUAGCUCAGCAAUGCAAAUGGGUCAAGCCAAGGCUAAACCUCAACUAUGACUCAAUCAUAUGACCAUUUAUAAGACUAUUAGCUUAAUCUUUUAUGUACAUAAACAGGAGAACGGGUUUUCAUCAUAAGGGAUCAAUUAUUUGCAAUGAUGAAAUGUGUUUGUCCUUAUUUGUUAAACCUUUUAGUUUCAAGAAGUAUCAAGUGGAAGAUGUAUGCGGAAAUUACACUGUAUAGUCUUUUGUAAUGGAUUUUUAUCAAUAAAUACAA